AUGACCAUCAACCCCGAGCACCAGCACGUUGAGGACGACGUCUCUUCGGUGUCGCCUACAGCAUGUGAAAACACUCCACUACUCGCAUCUGAAACCUCUAGCUCCAUCACCUCUCCGGAACUCGACUAUGACCAAGAUGCCUGCUCGGACCCGGAGAGCCCAACUUUAACCCCAACCCAAGGCCAGAAACCCCCUCCCCUGGGCUGGAAGCGAGCGGGUUGCAUUGUCGUGAGCAUGUGGGCGUUAAUCUUCCUCCAAGCAAGCAACAUGUCCGGCCUGACCACAACCCUCUCCUCCAUUGUCUCCUCCCUCCCCAACGCAUACUCCUCCGCCCUCUGGUUUACCUCCUCCUAUAUGAUCGCCAUGUCAUGUGUGUCACCCCUCGCAGGCCGAUUAGCAACGCUCUUCCCUCCAGGAGGGAUGGUCCUCUUCUCGGCGGUGCUCUUCGCCAUGGGCGCGUUGUUGACGGCGAUUGCACCGACCGUGGGGGUUUUUCUGCUGGGACGAGUGGUCUUGGGGCUGGGCAGUGGAGGUAUCCUCGUAUUAUGUAUGAUCUUGGUGCUGGAGUUGGGGAGAGGCAAGACUACGUUGCAAAAGCUGGCUGGGAUAGAUUACGCUGGCGCACUCACCUUGACAACGACGAUAACCCUCCUCCUGCUCUCCCUCACACCUCAUCCCCGCCCGCUGCUCUUCCUCCUCUCCCUCUGCUCCGUCACUCUCUUCCUGCACAUCGAACGCUCUCACCCCUCUCCCCUUUUGCCUUUGUCUAUCCUCCUCUCCCGCCCGACCCUCCUCUCUUCCCUCGCCCAACUCCUCUUCAUGGCCUCCCGCUGGGCCGUCCUCUACUACACGCCCAUCUACAUGCUCUCAGUCCGCGGAGCCUCCCCCAGCGUGGCAGGGACAAUCCUCAUCCCCACCAACGCGGGGUUCGCAUUGGGAGGGCUCGUCGUGGGCUCUGUACAUAUUCGCCGGACUGACAGGCCGUAUUGGACGGCGUGUGUAGUCUCAUUGGGGAUCUUUACCCUCUCGUUGUGGGCUCUGUCGAGGUUGGUAACGGCGACCUCCCCCCUAGCGGGGGUUGUCGUAGGUGUGGUGGUGAACGGAUUUGCUACGGGCGCGGCGAUAACUUACUCUCUACCGCACAUGCUUGCCUUGCUUCCCCCUGAAUCCCAUCCCCUUGCUACGGGUGUAUUGUCCACAUUUCGCGGGUUUGCUGGAUCCUUUGGUACCGCUUUAGGCGGCGGCAUCUUCACACGAACCUUGCGAAACGCCCUUACGGAGGGGUUUGCCCGACUCGAGGGGGGAUUGACGGAGGAGAGGAAGAAGCUGGUGGAGGUGUUACUGGGGAGUCCGGCCUCGGUGUGGGACGGACGGGUUGUGAGGAAUGUGAUGGAGAGGGAGGUUGCUGUGGGGGGGUAUGAGGGAGCUUUGAGGGGGGUAUUGGGAGCUGCUGCUUUGGUUGGGGUUGUGAUAGUGGGAUUGCAGGCUGCGACGGGAUGGACAGGAUACUUGGAGAGGAAACCAGGGAACGAGGAGUGUGAGGAGGAGGAGGAGGAGGAGGAGGAGGAGGAGGAGGAGGAGGAGGAGGAAGAGGAGUGUUUGUUGUGA